GGCAGGGGCCCGGAAUGACUCCAGGAAAUGUUUGGAUUUCUCCACCAGGAGGGAGGACAAACAAGCUUUUUUCUUGCCUUCUGAGCAGCUUUGUGUGCUCUCCAGCACGGAGUCCGAGGAGGAAAAGCGAAGCUGAAAAUAAAAAUUAUCCUGGGGCUGGACCCAAUCGCGGCACGAAUCUCUUCGGAUACCCCCAACCCUACCGCCUCUCAGAAAUGACCACUUUUGCAAAAUUGCAUGCAUUUCCAAGUUUCAUCCGGCCCCAGGCUUGGCCUCUCGGAGAGGCAGGCGGCUUAUGAGACGGGCUCCAGAGAAAAGACUUCCCUGGGUCUGUCAUUUCCUGGCUGAAGUUUCUCUUCUCGCUGCUGUGGCAGCAUCCAACCCACACACACAGGACCCGCAUCCUGGGUGAUGAAGUCAGACAUGCAGCAGCUGGGUGAGUGCUGACGCUCCGAUAAGCAUCUGUGUCAUUGUGGGGACUCCCUGGGCUGCUCCGCACCCGGACACUUGCUCUGUCCCCACCAUGUACAACGGGUCGUGCUGCCGCAUCGAGGGGGACACCAUCUCCCAGGUGAUGCCGCCGCUGCUCAUUGUGGCCUUUGUGCUGGGCGCACUAGGCAAUGGGGUCGCCCUGUGUGGUUUCUGCUUCCACAUGAAGACCUGGAAGCCGAGCACUGUUUACCUUUUCAACUUGGCCGUGGCUGAUUUCCUCCUUAUGAUCUGCCUGCCUUUUCGGACAGACUAUUACCUCAGACGUAGACACUGGGCUUUUGGGGACAUUCCCUGCCGGGUGGGGCUCUUCACGUUGGCCAUGAACAGGGCCGGGAGCAUCGUGUUCCUUACAGUGGUGGCUGUGGACAGGUAUUUCAAAGUGGUCCACCCCCACCACGCGGUGAACACCAUCUCCAACCGGACUGCGGCUGGCAUCGUCUGCACCCUGUGGACCCUGGUCAUCCUGGGAACACUGUAUCUCCUGCUGGAGAACCAUCUCUGUGUGCAAGAGACAGCCGUCUCCUGUGAGAGCUUCAUCAUGGAGUCGGCCAAUGGCUGGCAUGACAUCAUGUUCCAGCUGGAGUUCUUUCUGCCCCUGGGCAUCAUUUUAUUUUGCUCCUUCAAGAUUGUUUGGAGCCUGAGGCGGAGGCAGCAGCUGGCCAGACAGGCUCGGAUGAAGAAGGCGACCCGAUUCAUCAUGGUGGUGGCAGUUGUGUUCAUCACGUGCUACCUGCCCAGCGUGUCUGCCAGACUCUAUUUCCUCUGGACGGUGCCCUCGAGUGCCUGCGAUCCCUCUGUCCAUGUGGCCCUGCACAUCACCCUCAGCUUCACCUACAUGAACAGCAUGCUGGAUCCCCUGGUGUAUUAUUUUUCAAGCCCCUCGUUUCCCAAAUUCUACAACAAGCUCAAAAUCUGCAGUCUGAAACCCAAGCAACCAGGACACUCAAAAACACAAAGGCCGCAAGACAUGCCAAGUUCGAACCUCGGUCGCAAGAGUUGCCUCAGUGUGGCAAAUAGUUCCCAAAGCCAGUCUGAUGGGCAGAGGGAUCCCCACAUUGUUGAGUGGCAUUGAAUAAGCAGACCGACAACACUGAGGAAGAUAGAGUGGUGACUUAGAAUUAACGCGGUAA